AGCUGAGUUAAAUAGUUCCCAUCUAUAUUCUAGUUUACCAACGGCACAGUACGCAUACGCAUCGCAAAACUCUAUUAGCUUCGCUCACUGACUUUUUCAGGCGCAUUCACGGUGUUUCGCUUUUGGCUUUCGGUGUGUGAAAUGUUCAACAAGAACGAUUGUUCUUAGAGGUUGUUGCAGUGUUUUUUAAACUGUAGAAUUUAUUUAUUUGGGAACUUUUGGGAUGCAAUUGUCCAAAAAAUGUGUCCAACAACUCCAAUAGCUCCGUCGUCGAACGCACAACUCACUUGCAGGACAACGUCCGACGUCAACCGAAAUGAAAACGUAAAGUUGGACAGCGAAAAGGACAAUGAAAUAAGUCGAGUGUUGAAUAAACUAAAUGAAGAAACUAGAUUAAAUAGUAAAUUAAGCAAAGAAAUUGAAAAGUUUUCGCCGACGAUAAGGUGGCCGGACUUAGUAGCGCAAUUAUUUAUACACAUUGGGUGUUUGUAUGGAUUUUUCUUGUGCGUGUGGUCAGCGAAAAUUUAUACUUCAAUUUUUGCAUUCCUUACAGUGAUAGCCUCAGGUUUUGGCAUAACUGCCGGAGCACAUAGAUUAUGGUCUCAUAGAGCCUACAAAGCAACAUGGCCUUUGAGGCUACUCCUAGUAUUUUUGUUUACCAUCGCAGGACAGAGACACAUAUACGUUUGGGCCUUAGACCAUCGCGUCCAUCACAAAUACAGCGAGACUGAUGCCGAUCCUCAUAACGCCAAAAGAGGAUUUUUCUUUUCCCACGUCGGCUGGUUGGUAUUGACGCCCCAUCCCUUGGUAGUGGAAAAACGAAAACGGGUCGACAUGUCCGAUUUGGAAAGCGAUUCCAUUGUUAUGUGGCAGAAAAAAUUGUAUCCAAUAUUGUUUCUACUCUGUGCCAUUCUACUACCAGUAUCGAUACCCGUUUACUUUUGGAACGAAACCUUAUGGAAUUCGUUUUGGAUUAACUUCAAUAUGAGAUUUUGUAUUACUUUGAAUAUUGCAUUUUUCGUCAAUAGCGUUGCUCAUAUGUGGGGCCAAAAACCGUACGAUAAGUACAUAAGUCCAGUUGAAAAUCUAGCAGUAUCAAUAGCAGCACUAGGAGAAGGUUGGCACAAUUACCAUCACGUAUUCCCAUGGGAUUACAAAACAGGAGAAUUGGGUAAUUCCUGGAAUCCUUCAACAACCUUUAUAGAUUUCUUUGCAAAACUUGGUUGGGCUUACGAUUUGAAAAGUGUUUCGCGUCAAAUGAUAGCUAGGAGAGCUGAAAGAAGCGGCGAUGGUAGUUAUAUUUGGGGCUAUGGCGACACUGACAUUGAGCCUGAGGAUUUGAAAGAGCUGGAAAACAUGAAGGCGGAAAAAGAUUUAUAAAUUUAUUAUUAUUUAAGUGAUAAAAAUUAUUGGCCUUAUUACAUUAUUGUGUGGACCAUUUAUAUAAUGAAUAUUUUUGCAUGCAAGUUACCAAGUACCAGUACAAAAACCAAAAAAAAAAAAAAAAUAUUAAUUAUACGAGCCAUUUACUUAGCUUUUAGGUGUUUUUGUUACGUUUAAAGUAUUAUUUGUUUAGAGGCAGACAAUUUAUUAAAUUUACAAGAUGGUAUUUAUAUUUUUUGUUUUAUUUUUCAUUGAAGUAGCAAUACUUGUAGAGGAAUAAAAAAGUUGCUUUGAUGAUAGUUUCUUCAAUUAGAAAUGUACGUAAGGGCAUGUCCAAGUA